AUGCGCGUCUCUUCCCUCCGUCAGGCGGCCUUGGGCGCAGCCCUCGCUGCCGUCCCGGCUGCCGCGGUCCUCAACGCAACUGAGACCUCCAACCGCCUCAUCAUUGCCAACGACCGCCUCUAUGCCGCCAUCUCCAAGCCCGGUGGCUCCGUCGUCGAGCUCACCCUCGACGGCGUCAACCUCCUCGGUACGCCGUCCGGAAGCACCGGUAAGGGCCCUUACCUGGACUGCUACUGCACUCCCGAGGGCUUCUGGACUCCCGGAAACGUCGCCCCGACCUUCGAGCUCUACAAAGGUACCGACUCCUCGGGCACCCCCUACGGCGGUGUCAAGAUGUCCGACACCUACGCCUCGACGGGCCAGGUUCUCGAGCAGUACUGGUUCCUCCGCGAGGGCGAGACCGGUCUGCACAUGUUCAGCCGUGUCGCCUACCACAACGAGGAGAAGCCCUUCCUCCGCAACCUCCAGGAGCUGCGGACGCUCUUCCGUCCCAACGAUCCCAUGUGGACUCACCUCCUGACGAACCCCACGCAGUACGCGCCCCUGCCGUCCAAGGAAGCCGUCUCGAAGCAGGUCGUCGUCCAGGACGCCACCUGGUACCUCGGCAACACCCCCGAGGACGCCUACGUCAAGCAGGAGGCCGACUGGUUCACAAAGUACACUUUCCAGGACACCUGGCGCGACAUUGACGCCUACGGCAUGUUCGCCGACGGCUCCAAGACGGCCGAUGGCUCUACCUUUGGCGCGUGGAUGGUCUUCAACACCCGCGACACCUACUUCGGCGGCCCGCUGCACUCCGACCUGACGGUCGACGGCAUCGUGUACAACUACAUCUCUUCCAACCACCAUGGCGACCAGACCCCCAACAUCACCAACGGCUUCGACCGCACCUUCGGUCCUCAAUACUACCACUUCAACCGCGCCCCUGCCGGCACUGACAUCCUCGAGCUGCACGCCGACGCUGCCAAGCUGGCCAACCCCGAGUGGAACGCCGCCUUCUACGACGAUAUCGCCCACCUUGUGCCCAACUACGUGCCCUCUAGCAAGCGCACGACUUGGAAGCUUCACGUCGACCUUCCCCAGGGUGCCAAGAAGCCCAUUGCCGUGCUCGCCCAGAACGGCGUCGACUUCCAGGACAACGUUUUCGACACCAAGGCCUACCAGUACUGGACUGACAUUGAUGCCGAGGGAUACGCGACGAUCCCCCGCGUCAAGGAGGGCACCUACCGCCUGACCAUCUACGCCGAUGGCAUCUUUGGCCAGUACAUCAAGGAAGACGUCCAGGUCGUCGCCGGCAAGGUGCAGACCACUCAUGCGCGCUGGCGUGAGGAGACCGCUGGUAACGAGGUCUUCCGUAUCGGCACGCCUGACAAGAGCUCUGGCGAGUACCGCCACGGAUACGAGCGCGACGAGACCAAGCCCCUGAAGCCCGAGGAGUACCGCAUCUACUGGGCGCGGUACGACUUCCCCAAGGAGUUCCCCGAAGGUGUGCACUUCAAGGUCGGCGAGAGCGACCCCGCCAAGGACCUCAACUACGUCCACUGGGCCGCCUUUGGUGGAAAGGGCAACUCUAUCCGCCCCGAGAUGUACCUCGGCGACGGCAACGUAAACAACUGGACGUUGACCUUCGACCUCGAGCAGUCCCAGGUUGAGUGGAAGCGUUACGCAACCUUCACGGUCCAGCUGGCCGGCGCGAAGACGGCCGCGGGUAACACGGACGUGUUCAACGCCAGCGAGCCGCACUCCAACCUGAAGUACACUGUCAACGUCAACGGCAAGGACCUGGAGCCGUGGGUGAUCCCCUACCACCACAGCAGCUCCUGCGCCGUGCGUUCCGCCGUCAUCUGCUACAACAUCGCCAACAAGUUUGUCUUUGACUCCAAGCUGCUCAAGGCAGGCCAGAACGAGAUUGUUUUGAGCUUGCCUUACGGGGGCAAGAACUACGAGAGCGCGGUUCUCCCUGAGCCCGUCUACGUGCAGUACGAUGCGCUGAGACUGGAGAUCAAGUAG